AUGUUGCUUGAUACUACCGCAGAGUCGCUUCUGCGAGACCCCCAGUACUUGCUGCGUCUGUACCACAGAAUUACUCAGAAUCUUGUGAAGUGUGAAACCUCUUCAUUUCUACGCCUACUAUCCCCAUCAUUUACGCAGCUUGAUACGAGGUAUCGUGUGCGCUCGCAUAUGCACGCGAUCGAACUUUGGCCCUUAAAGGGCAUUCUACGCCAGAUUUUUCCGGCAAGUACUGUGAGUGAUAGGGAACUCUUAAUACUUCUUGCAAUGUUGCCGCUUGACGGCGAUGGGGAUACCGGGACGGCGAACGGGAUUGAUGAUAUUCGAGUUAGUCCUGUAAUGUUGUUGUUGCGCCUGCGGCAGAUGUGUCCUAUGCAAGCCUCGUUGUUUCUAGAAAUGUCUCGUUGCAUUGACGCUAGACCUCAAAGACCCCAUCCGUAUGAUUCGAUUUGUGGCAAAGCACUGAUGAAGUGUAUACAAGAAGGCAACACAAAAGCUUGUGUUCUUGAGACAGCUACGAUUCUUGAUUUCCUAACGGAAUCCUACGGUAUGACACUUUCAGAGGCGUUGUGUCUAACUGAAUACUGUUCCAUGGGGCCACCUCCUUCCUCAUCUACAGUGGCCAUUGAUGGUUCCUAUCUUUUUGCGUUUCUAUACCAAAGGCCCUUGCCUUCGGAUGUGAGGUUUGCAUUGCUUAUGUCUGUCUUUGCUGAAGGUGUUUGUGACCCAAAUAGAGCUGGGUCCUCAGGUACACUUGCACUUAUUGAUGGGCUACGUCGUCUGUCCCUAAAACCGGAUCAUGAUAUGAAACUUAACGAGCAUUCUAACGUUUAUAUCGAUACUGGAAUGGAUCUUGGGAAAUCUUUUUUGACACCCCAGUCCUUUGAAGAACUAUGUAAGUAUCUGCGUGUUGGUCUUAGCUUAGAGGAAGUGCGUCAGCUAUUUUAUUAUUUACAUGAAGGCCAUGAAGAACGUGUUUCUGUAUGCACGCUUCUUCGUGAAUUUACGCGGCAUUUUAUUCCUGUGAGUAAAUCGCUUUUUAUCAUUGUCGAAGAGGCCGUGCGGCGCUAUGUGGUGAAGAUGGGUGGUAUGUUGGCCAUCCCACGUCUACACCUUGCGCUUCCAGAUGGUCCACUUUCUAUCGCAGGCUUCAUUAGUGUGCUUCGUGGGGCUGGUGUUCCCGAUGCCGUGAGCGACGUCGAGCUUGAGUGGUUGCGAUUCAAGGGACAGGAUCGAGAACGUUUUGUAAUGCUGCUUUCAGGUGAACUUUCAACAAAACGGGAGGCGCUUGUCCGCCAACUUUUUGAUCAGCUUAAAAAAAAUGUGGGAGAGAUUACACAGAAACAGGAAACUGUUGAACUGGAGCGUGUGUUGGCGCUGUUUCACCCUGAAAAGGUGGAAGAUGCGCUGAUGGGUGACGCAGAUGAUUGGCGUUUCGUGAUGAGGCAGUGCUUUGGCGAGAAUGCAUCCACAAUGUUGUCAUAUGACUGCUUCCUUUAUUUUUGGCGCGCGGUGUCGGCUGCCUGCAACGAUGACUCUAUCUUUACGAUGAUUCUUUGGCGCUCUUUCAACAUGCACUCGAGUCGCUAA